GAGUGCCGGCCACAGCCUCCCCUCCCUGCUUGCUUCCUCUUGCCUACCCGGACCAAAUCCUUUGGCACCCACACUGGUGCAUCCUCCUCCCCUGCCGAGCGGCCACGCCCCCUGCAGCCUCCAAUCCCUGGUGCCUGGAGUGGGAGGGGGGAAGUGGCAGGUCAGGCCUACCCCUGGGUUCCCCUUCGGCCUCCAGAGCCCCUGCCGCAGCUGCCAAGGAUGCUGGGCUCCACCCUGAGAAGGCACCGCUUCCGCAGAGGGGCCAAGUGUUGUGAGUGCAGUGCCUCCCUGUCGCACCAGUACUACGAGAAGGAUGGGCAGCUCUUCUGCAAGAAGGACUACUGGGCCCGCUAUGGCGAGUCCUGCCACGGCUGCUCGGAGCACAUCACCAAGGGGCUGGUCAUGGUGGCCGGGGAGCUGAAGUACCACCCUGAGUGCUUCAUCUGCCUCGCGUGCGGGACCUUCAUCGGUGACGGGGACACCUACACGCUGGUGGAGCACUCCAAGCUGUACUGUGGGCACUGCUACUACCAGGCUGUGGUGACUCCCGUCAUCGAGCAGACCCUGCCCGACUCCCCUGGCUCCCACCUGCCCCACACCGUCACCCUAGUGUCCAUCCCAGCCUCCACUCAUGGCAAACGUGGCCUGUCAGUCUCCAUCGACCCAGCUCACGGCCCGCCGGGCUGCGGCACAGAGCACUCCCACACCGUCCGCGUCCAGGGAGUGGACCCAGGCUGCAUGAGCCCAGACGUGAAGAAUUCCAUCCACGUUGGAGACCGGAUCCUGGAGAUCAAUGGCACGCCCAUCCGGAACGUGCCCCUGGAUGAGAUUGACCUGCUGAUCCAGGAAACCAGCCGCCUGCUCCAGCUGACCCUUGAGCAUGACCCCCACGACCCGCUGGGCCAGGGGCCAGGGCCUGAGCCCAGUCCUCUGGGCUCCCCCUCGCCCACUUCCAGCGGGGAGGCGGCUACCUCUGCACGGCAGAAACCCGUCCUGAGGAGCUACAGCAUCGACAGGUCCCCCGGCUCCGGCUCGCUGGGCUCCCCGGCCUCUCAGCACAAGGAGCUGAGCCGCUCCGAAUCCCUCCGGGUGGUCUGCCGGCCACACCGCAUAUUCCGGCCAUCGGACCUCAUCCACGGAGAGGUGCUGGGCAAAGGCUGCUUCGGCCAGGCCAUCAAGGUGACGCACCGGGACACAGGCGAGGUGAUGGUGAUGAAGGAGCUGAUCCGCUUUGAUGAGGAGACCCAGAGGACGUUCCUCAAGGAGGUGAAGGUCAUGCGCUGCCUGGAGCACCCCAAUGUGCUCAAGUUCAUCGGCGUGCUCUACAAGGACAAGAGGCUCAACUUCAUCACAGAGUACAUCAAGGGGGGCACCCUCCGCGGCAUCAUCAAGGGCAUGGACAGCCAGUACCCGUGGAGUCAGAGGGUGAGCUUUGCCAAGGAUAUCGCUUCAGGGAUGGCCUACCUCCACUCCAUGAACAUCAUCCACCGGGACCUCAACUCCCACAACUGCCUGGUCCGCGAGAACAAGAACGUGGUGGUGGCCGACUUUGGACUGGCGCGGCUCAUGGUGGACGAGAAGACGCAGCCCAAGGACCUGCGAAGCCUCAAGAAGCCGGACCGCCGGAAGCGCUACACCGUGGUGGGCAACCCCUACUGGAUGGCGCCCGAGAUGAUCCACGGCCGCAGCUAUGAUGAGAAGGUGGAUGUGUUUUCCUUUGGAAUUGUCCUCUGCGAGAUCAUCGGGCGCGUGAACGCAGACCCCGACUACCUGCCCCGAACCAUGGACUUUGGCCUCAAUGUGCGAGGCUUCCUGGAUCGCUACUGUCCCCCAAACUGUCCCCCGAGCUUCUUCCCCAUCACUGUGCGCUGCUGUGACCUGGACCCUGAGAAGAGGCCCUCCUUCGUGAAGCUGGAGCAGUGGCUGGAGACCCUGCGCAUGCACUUGGCUGGCCACCUGCCCCUGGGCCCACAGCUGGAGCAGCUGGACAGGGGCUUCUGGGAGAGCUACUGCCGUGGCGAGAGCGGACUACCCGCCCACCCUGAGAUCCCCGACUGAGCCGGGACCGCCCAGCUGCCCCGGCCCUCCCUGCAGCUGGAUUCCUCCAGGGAGGAGGCAGUGGGUGUGGAGCCCCCUCCCCAGCUCCAGGCCCCUGACUGGCCUUCUCCCACCCUGAGGUCCUUGCCCCUGCCCGUCCUCCGACUAGCCCUGAGCUGGCCUGGCCAUACGCGCCGGCACCUCGCCCUGCCUCACCUCUGGCCUGGGGGAGCCCCCCCGCCUCCCGCUUCUCACUGCAUGAGCCGGUGGGGCCUGUAGGAGCCGGGCCCAGCCCCCCCCACCCUGGCCACCCCCUGCACCCCAUGCUGCUGCAGCUCUCCCACUCUCCCAGGCUGAGCUGGAAGGGGCCCUGGAGCUGGGCCCUGUCACAGCUGGGUGCUGGGAGGGCACGGAUCAAGGGAGAGGCCAAGUUCCCAGGAGCCCCUUCCUCUGCAGGGGGCAUCUAGGUAGCCGUAGGUAUUGAUAAUUAUCCGAAGCUCCAAAGCAGAGAAAGGUCUGACUGUGCAGGGUGCAAGUCCCCGGGGGCCAGGCAGCAGCCCUUCCUCUUGCUUUGGGCUUUUUCGUUUCUUUAUUGAAGCCACUUUAGUGAGAAGCAGGUACCAGGCCUCAGGUGAAGAAAGGGUCCCUUGGGGGUGGGGGGAGCUGCAUUGCCUGGGCCAGCAUCGGAGGGAGGUUGGGUGGCAGGGACGAGGCAAGUGUCCACCAGCAUCCCAGCCCCCCGCGUUCAUCUCAGUGCCCCCACCCCCCAGAGGAUCCGUGCCCGUGGCUGGAGCAGCCCUCCCUUCUCACACUCCUCUGUCCUCUGGGUUCUUUCUGUGUAAUCUAUUUUUUAAGAAGAGUUUGUAUUAUUUUUUCAUACGGCUGCAGCAGCAGCUGCCGGGGGCUUGGGGUUUUAUUUUUUUGGCGGGCGGGGGUGGGGGGGGCCAUUUUGUCACUUUGCCUCAGUUGAACAUCUAGGAAGUAUUAAAACUGUGAAGCUUUCUCAGUGCACUUUGAACCUGGAAAACAGCCUAAGCAAGCCCAUGGGACCACGACGUAGGGAGGUGGGACACACACAUUCCCCUCCAUCGAGGAACCGUGAUGUCUAAGGAACAAAACGCAGAAUAAUAAACUAAAUUCUGUCCUCCCCACCCA